AUGGCUGACGUGAGGUAUCCCGACACAAAUGGCCACAGCGCACUCGCAAAGGGCCCCAUUGCCGAGAACAUCAAGUCCGAGGCGUCCCGCACUGGUCAAGAAUUCCGCGAUUUGAGGAACACUAGCCCUUCAUCUACCACUGCGACCGGUCAACCCUUGACCUACUACCACUCGCUGCUGUACAGCCUUUUGAGCUGGGAGCAACCCCGAGCCACCGCCAUCUCCUUCGCGAGUGUCGUCACAUUCAUCUUUGCCGCCCGUUACCUUCCUCUCCUCCGUUGGUUCUUCAAAUUCAUCUAUGUGGUUCUGGGAUUCACCGCUAUUGUCGAGGUCGGCGGCAGACUUGCUCUGUCACAGAGUGUCGUGAGCUCGUUCCGGCCUCGCAAGUACUACACCGUGCCCAAGGAGACUAUCGAGGCUGUGUUGGAGGACCUUGAGCAGCUCAUCGACUUUGUCCUCAUUGAGUUCCAGCGUGUUCUGUUCGCUGAGAACAUUGUCCACACCAUUGCCUCCUUCUUUGCCGCUUUCACCGCCUACUGGUUGAUCAAGUUCCUUCCUUUCUGGGGACUGUCUUUGAUUGCGGUCACCAUCGCCUACAUGGGACCCUUGGUCUACAUCAACAACCGUGAAGUCAUCGAUGCCCACAUUGAGCACGCCCAGGAAGUUGUCAACAGCCAGGCCCACCAGCUGAAGGAUCUUGCUGAAGAGCGCACUGCCCAUGCCACGGGUGUUGUGAGGCAGUAUGUUGGUGACUACAGCGCCAAGGCCCAGGGAUACAUGCGUCGCUCUGCGACCCCUGAGAUGGCUCGGGCACCCGCCCCCGUUAUCAAGAAGGAGCCUGAAGCCGAGCCCGAGAUCAAGACGACUGACUUCCCGGAGGCACCCAAGGAGGAGCCCGUGGCCGCCCAGGAGCCCGUUGUGGAGACGAUCGAACAGCCUGCUGAGCAGGUGAAGUCGGAGCCUCUUCUGGCAGCUUAG